GACAGUUUUUGCCUCAGGCUCCAAUUGAUGACUCACCAGACCAAUCACCAAUGGCAAUCCCACCGAUGACCCACCCGGCGCCAAGCCCGUUUCCAACGAUUAAUUUUUUUUCUCAUAUCGCGAGAGUCGUGAUAUCUGAUAACCACGAACAGCAAAAAUGGUUUCAGCAACAGGACCUCUUACCACGAAAGUGGCGUCGGGGACACCUUACCAGCUUGACAACAAUCAAGUGCAACGAGCCUCGACCGCUCUUUUGAAAUAUAUGAAAUCGCAGCAGAAAGAACUGGAAGAGACGUCAACGAAAAAGACCCUCAUUGGAGAUAACGAUGAUUCCUCUGAUGAGGAAGAUGUCCCGUCCGUCAAUGAGCCUGUUUGGCUUGUCAUGACGACGAAGAAGCACGUGGUCGACAAGAAUCGUCUAAAGCCCGGCAAAAUCAGCAUUCCACACUCUCUCAAUAGUUCGCCUUCUCUCAACAUCUGCAUAAUCACUGCCGAUCCCCAAAGAGCGUUCAAAGAUAUCGUUGCCGACCCUUCAUUCCCAUCCACCCUGUCCUCUCGCAUCACCAAAGUCAUUGGUUUCACAAAACUCAAGCAACGCUACAAGAGCUUUGAGAGCCGUCGACAAUUGCUCUCCGAACACGACGUCUUCCUAGCCGAUGACCGGAUAAUCACUCGCCUUGCUGUGACUCUAGGCAAAACAUUCUACAAGUCGAGCAAACGCCCGAUUCCCAUCCGCAUUGAACAGGUGGACAAGGUGGAUGGAAAGCGAGUCAAGAAGGACACAAAGAAGUCAUCGAAAGAUGAGUCUAAUGCUACUUUUGCAUCCCCGCUGGUGGUUGCCAAGGAGAUUGAGAAAGCGCUAAACUCCGCGUCUGUUCACCUUGCACCUGCCGCCACGACAGCUUUACGCAUCGGAACCAGCAGCUUUACACCUGACCAAUUGACAGAGAACGUAAAGGUGGUCGUCGAUGGACUGACAGGAAAGUUCAUCACCAAGGGCUGGCGCAACGUGAAAGCGAUUCAUAUCAAAGGCCCCACGACAAUGGCCAUGCCGAUUUGGCUGGCUAGCGAGCUGUGGGUAGACGAGACGGAUGUCUUGGAGAAUGUUGAGAAGGAUACAAAUCAGAUCGAAAGCGAGAAGGGUGAGAAGAGAAAGAUCACUGCUGAAGAGGAUGUCCAGCAGAAGACAACCAAGAAGUCUAAGAAAUCAAAAGCGCCCGUGGAUGAGGACGACACUGCCAGGAACGAGAAGCUCCGUAAGCAGAAGGCUAAAGCGCUUGACGAUGGCACUACAUCACCCAGCGCAAAGAGGAAGUGAUAAAUCAGCCAUCCAAUUUGGCAGGCUUCGUAAUUUGCAUGGCUUAUGCGGCGUCCAAAAGAAUUCGUACUCGGGAGUUUUUGUUUGCUACGAAAUGUAUUUGAUAUGUUGAUACCGGCUGUCUACAGUAUUAAUUGGUUUUCUGUCAUGCUAGACGUCGUCCUGCUCUACUGGUGUAGAAUGUAAAACUUCUUGGCGCUUAAUGUGGCUGGAAAAAUCUUUGUUCCGGCGAAAGCACGGAUGA